AUGUUGAUGGCGUGGCGUGACCGUGGCGCCGACGAGGAACCUCUGCCGUCGACGUCUUCAGCGACGACGACGUCCCGCCCCAGAAGAUCCGCGCCGAUGACGUCGUCGGCGACGUCUCCCGACGCCCUCACGGCCCUCUACGUCACGACGACGCCCCUCACCCGACGCUACACCUGCGUCGUCCCGCCGAUGACGUCCAUCCUCGAAUCCGCGGCUUCUGAAGACGUCAGAAGGCCCAGGGCUUCCACGACGACGACGACGUCUUCUUCGCCCUCCGCCACAACGUCGCCCGCCCGCACGAACCUGUCGCCGUAUUUCAAGCGGACUAUCAGUUUUCGAAUGGUGUGCACUUGGAUUUGGUUCAUUUUGGUGUGACGCCAGGGUGGUCGCAUUUGGAAUGACUGUCACGAAAAAAAUCCCCUUGAAAGUGCAAUUUUCCAAGUAGCAUUUGGAAUGGAUUAUUUUUGGCUAGCUUUUCUGAAUGUCACUUUCAAGUAACGCCAAUGUGAGAAAAUUGUUUUAGUAGUUUUUUUUUUACCUGGAAUGGAUGUUUUCUGUGAUCGUUAUGGUUCUGUUUUUGAGAAAUUAUUUUUGAGUGUUUUUGAUUGCUUUCAACGUGAUGCUCUGACGAAGAAUUUCGGGUAGAAAAUCAAGUUUCGAAAUUGAUUUUUCAAUCUGUAAAUUUGGAGUAGUGUAGGAAGGAAAAUAUUUGAUAAAAGGAAAAAAAAAAAGCUGAUAGAAAUGGUCCUUAAGGUCACUGGAGUGGCCACUUGAUGACCCAGAAUCGUUAGCGCUUGCUUGAACUUUUUUUUUCAAGCCUAAUUAGUGAAAUUUAACGAGAGAUUAGACGGUCUGAAGAGACGGAAGCGAUAGAAAGAUAUCUUUUUUUCUCUGCCGUCUCUUCAGAAACGGCGAAUUAUAGUUUUCUCAGGCUAUUUCUUCAGAAAAUACCUCGAAAAAUUGGAAAAUACAGUUCGAAAGACCAAGCCAACAAAUCUCCAUUUCAGGCCGUCGAUGAUCCACCAGAGCCCGUCGAUGCCGCCGUCGAUGAUCGCGGCGAUGGGCGAGCUGACGGUGAAGGAGCCCCAGCGGUCCUCCUCCCAGCACAUGUCCCGCUCGGCGACAACUAACCCCAACGCCCAGCAGACGACCUCCAACAACGUCUCCGCCGCCAGCAACACCGCCUCACCAACCUCGCACCACCAACCUCACCCUCAUCAUCAUCCGACUUCCAAUCAGGUUCGGACUUGUCGGGUUUCCGGGUGGUGAGAGCGAGAGAGCCGGAGUUUGGAUUAUUGAAUCAACAGAUUUUACUUAAAGACAGUGACUAGCUCCCUGAGACGUUGAUUUCAUUUUCGUUCCUGAAAAGUCAUUUUGGUUAAUCUCACGAUUUCAUAUAUCAAAGCGCAGAAGUCGUUUCACGGUCGGUUCAUGGAAUCCUUGGAGCUUAACUGAUUUGAAAUUAUCUAUUUUGUGAAAACUGAGAUUUCAGUCAUUUUUUGAUCGAAAUUAUCGGUUUUUGCUCUUUUUUUGUGUACAGAAACUUGCUCCGGCAAAAAAAAAAGUCCGAGAAAUCCGAGAGCCACCGAUUUCCGAUAACAAAGCGCGAAAGUCGUUUUUAGUCGGUUCAUGGGAGCUUGACUGAUUUAACUUCUGACAAAAAUUUUCAAUUUUUGCUUAGUUGUGUGCACAGAAACGCUGUGACAAAGUCAAAAGAAUAAAAAAAUUCGAAAAAUUCAUUUUAAAAACCUACGAUUUCCGAUACCAAAGCGCGAAAGUCGUUUUUGGUCGGUACAUAAAAACGGAGAUUUCAGUCAUUUUUGACCGAAAUUAUCAAUUUUUGCUCAUUUUCGGCAAAAAAAAAAUCCGAGAGCUUUGAAACCACCGAUUUCCGAUACCAAUGCGCGAAAGUCGUUUUUGGUCGGUACAUAAAAACUGAGAUUUCAGUCAUUUUUUGACCAAAAUCAUCAAUUUUUGCUGACUUAAGUGCACAGAAACGCUGUGGCAAAGUCAAAAGAAUAAAAAUUCCAAAAAUUCAUUUUGAAAACCUACGAUUUCCGAUGCCAGAGCGCGAAAGUCGUUUUUGGUCGGUACAUAAAACCGCUCCGCAGCCGCGAAGCGUUCAACCAUUCCCAUCGCGACCAAAAUUAUCUAUUUGUUCUAGAAAAUGCCUUUUUUCGACAGAAUAUCGACUCAAAAAAAUAUUUUUAUUAAUUUACUGUGAAAAAAAUUCAGUUCCGGCUCUCUUGGUAAAUAUUUCGAAUCAACAUUUUCAAAAAUAAAAGGAAAACGAGAUGUUUUUCCCAUUUUAGUACAUAAAAAAGGCGGGUUUCCGUGGCAAAACCUUCGUUAGCGUAGUGAGUUUUUCUUCGAAAUGAUCCGAUUAUCAGUGAUUUUGGUGAUUAGUCCGCGAUAUCUCGAAAAUUUUGCAAAAACUCCUAUUUCUUUCUGUUCCGACAAAGCAAAAUUCAAAAACGUGAGAGAGUGUGGUGAAUUUGGAGGGAUCCAGACGGACAGAGUGUCUGAUUCUCUCCACUUUCCACAUGCUCUUUCAAUUUCCUCCAUUUUUGACUUUUUUUCGCGAAAAAAAUGAAAUAAUUCUCCACGCUUACUGUUGAAAUUGUGCGUACGAAUGUCUCUGUGCCGGAUUUGCUUGGAAGAAUGCCAAAAAAAUCCUUUUUUUUCGUCAAAUUAACAUAUUUUUUGCAACCUUUAAGUUCUCUAAUUUAUUUUUUCGCUUUUCACCUAUGUUUCCUUUACGAGACGUUUCUUUUUUCUUGUCUCUUGUCGAGUUUUUAAGAAAAAAACAUUAAGAUUAGGAAAAAAAUCAUGAAUAUUUUGCUUGGAAUAGUGGUUUUUUUAGCCUGCUCUUUUUGUCGUCGUUUUUUUUCUUUUUAUCGGCUAUUUUUUCGAAAUGUCUGUUCGUAGCUUGUAUUCUUCGAUGCAAUAUAAGAAACAUGUGCAGUAGAAAACAAGAAAAUUUUUUUUGAAAGAAAAAAUUUUUGAUUUUUUCUCGAUUUUUUGCCUUGUAGGUUUUUGAAAAUCGUUCAAAAAAUCAAAAAAAAAAUCUUUUUGUUAGCUACUGUACUUAGGGGAGAGUAUUGUGCAAAGUUCUACAAAAAAAUUUUCGGAAAAAAAUAAUAUUAUUGAUUUUUUUAAUAUGCAAACUAGACACUACGAGACAAAAAAGUGUAAUUUCAAAUUUUAAAAAUUAUUUAAUAUUAUUAUUCAAAUAUAGAAACAGGUCUUUAAUCAAGUUUUUGUGAAAUUUUGCACAUUUUGAUGUAUUCUGGGAUGUUCAAAGGCGCAGAAGUCUUUUUGACCUUUUAUAUGCUCCUUUAAACAGCCUGGAAAGGAAUUUCGAACAAUUUAUAUAGUCCAUUCACCGCGACUUGAUAGUGUCUGCGUCUCUCUGUUCCCUCACCGGCGAGGUCAGAGAAACUUGGAAAUAUCAUGGGAGAUGGAGAGGGCGCAGAGAAAAGACGCUCCUCACCAUCAAUGUCAGAGAAAUUUAAAAAGAACACGUCAAAAUGAGAGACGCAGAGAACUGUCAAGUCGACGACAAUGCACUUGGAUCUAUCUGACACACAGACACACACUCGAGACCUUUGUAUAGACGUUUUUGCCCAUUUUGCAGCAAUAUCCGACCGCGACGCAACCGCACCUCAGCCACAACGCCUCGUUCACCGUGACGCCCUCGACCCACCCCUACCAGCCGGCGGGCAGUACGGCCCAUCCCGCGGGAGUCCCGCCCUCCUCCCAGGCCUUCCCUCGCAACACCCGCAACCGACAGACCUUCCAUGGCAAGACCGAGAAGGACAAGGUAGCCCAAAUCGAUUCGAAAACUUCUUUCGUUACUUGUUUCUGCUACUUUGUUCGCUUCUUCUGUCUGCUUCUUCUUUUUUUUUAAUUCUGAGCUUUUAGACUAGGUUUUUAGAGGCUGAACUAUGAAUGAACCGCGAAAAGAAUAAGCUUUCAUCAUGAUUUAUUUUUAUGAUUUUUGGCUGAAUUUUGAACGAUUUCUGAUUUCUUCACCUGCUUUUUACAAAGAUCUCGGACCUUUUUGUCAAAUUUUGAGCUUUCUGCAUUUUUUUUUCAAGGUCUUUUUGACUAAAUAACGAAAUUUUUAUUGCGAAGCGCCUUCAAAAAAAAAAUUGAAAUACGAUUCCGAGUGCAAGUGCGCUCCAUAGACAAAAUGCACAUUUUUUUGCGAUUUUCAGAGGCUUUGAUCUCGAAAAAAGAGUUUAAACUAGGAAAAUGAUUGAAAUUCAAAAUAUGGGCCUUUUUUCGUAAUUCUGUCAAAUUUUUUUUCAAAAAAUUAGCGCAUUUUCAAAAUUUUAAGAGUUUUUAGUUGUUAACGAAGCUCUUUUUCAAUUUUAGGAUCGUUUCAAAUCAUAUACAAAGACAGAAGAAGUGAACGAAACCUUUCAAAAAAACCUCGUGUAACCUUUUAGUGUGGUUUUGAUGGUGUUUCUAAUGUGAAAAAUGGAUUUUUAUUAAAAUCAAACAGAAUAUUUUCAUUAUUUAAAGUUUCUGAAAAAAAUCAUUCUUUGAAAAAUUGAAAAACUUUGUUUCGUCCAAUUUUUGAACCCGUUUUUUGGAAAAUAACCAUUUUUUGAUGUGAUCCCUAAUGUAUACCUAAUCAUUAGAUUUCUUUUUCGAAUAUUUUUCAGAGAGGCCAAUUUUUCUUCUGCUUGAGAAUGCCGUUUCGUAAAAUAUUUAGAAGAGUUUCGAAUUUUUUUACCCUUAAUGUGUUGUACGUUUGAAUUAUUUGAAAAAAAGGAAAUGGCUCACUUUCCUAUUGUACGGGGUGUGAAAAAGCGCAAGUAGUUUUUGGUCGGAUGCGUGGAAAAAAGCCUUCAAAAUGAGGAAAUAUAUCAAUUUUACAUAGCUUUUGAGCCAAUUUUCACGAUUAUUUCGGAAUUUGUCAAUUAUUUGAAUAAAACGAGACUUGUGAAGCUGUUUCUUGAGCUUUUUGAAACGUAAAAAAUGAAAUUUUCUCAGAAAUCAGAUUGAUAAUAAUCUCAAUCAAUCUAUUGAUUGAUUUUCAAGGCGAAGAGGAUUAAAAUUGAGAGAAAUCGAUUUUUUUUUAAUGGUUUGAUGCGCAAUAGGGCGCAAGUAGUUUCUAGUCGGUUGCAUUGAACUUUUAGACUUUUAAGGAUUAUUUGAGGAUCAUUCGGUCAAACCGCGGUUUUUGGAGCUGUUUUUUAAGCUUUUGAGUCGUGAAAAAUGAAUUUUUCUCUGUCAUCUCAAUCAGUUUCCGCUGCAGAGUGGAAUAGAGCGCAAGUAGUUUCUAAAGGGUCGCGCUACCUUUUUAGUCUUCGAUUCGAUGAAUAUUUAAUCAAACAGCGACUUUUGCACAAGUUUUUUGAGCUUUUUGAGUCAUAAAAAAAUGAAUUUUUCCUUGAGACCAAAGGGAUAAUCAUACUAAUUUUUUUGAAAAAAAAUUGACAAUUUUCCUGUUUCGGCGAGAGAAAAGAGGGCGCAGACAGGUCAGAAAGUUCGCAAAACCUGGCAGAUAGGUGACAAAAUCAGUUAGGUACAUAUAACAUCGAAAUUUAUUACUAAAAAGGUUAAUUAUCCAACUAAUAUAGGGGAAAAAUAAUAUGUUUUUAAUGAUAUAAUUUUUUGGAUUUUUUUAUCAAAUCAUUAGAGUUGAAAUUCGUCUUUGAAAAAGCGCUCAAGUUUCUGUUGAAUCUUUAAAAAACUGAAAAAAGAAACCCUGAACCCAAGCCCAUAAACUCAGUGAAAAUAAACAUAAACGUGGCAUUUUUCUUCAAAAAAUCAACUUUUUCAAGCUGGCAAUGAAAAAUGAAAAAUUCGUUUCUUUUUUCAAAAUAGACCUAAAAAGCUAUUUUCAGGGCGGCGAAGAUUCGGACGAAGAGCAGGAACCCCAGCCGAACGUCUCGAUCGGCGCCGGGACCAACUCGAAAGGCAUCUGGAGCAAGCUCGGAAAGCUCACCCGACGGUUAGUCCCCGUCUCUUAUCUCAGCUCCACGCAUUGACAAAGCAAUCAAUUAACUAAUUAAUUACCUCCAAUUAUUCCAUGUACAAUGCACAGGUGUUCCAUUUUUUUCGUUCCCAUUUAACCAACAAUAAUCAGUUUAACACCCGUAACCCUUGGGAAUUCAGCUUUUGACACGUUUUUUUUCACCUCGGUCCAGGUUUUGAAAGUUUUAGGCUUGAAGUUCAUUUUAAAAUUUUUUCAGGCUUGAAAUUUUUCGAAAAAAUGUGGAUCAUAAGCCGAAAAAUGGCCGUUUUUCGGUCUGAAUAUGUUUUAGCUUUUAUUUUUUUUCUUCACCCAGAAAAUUGAUCAAAUUGUCGAGUUUUAAGGCUUGAAAUCCAUUGAAAAAUUGCGAUUAAUGAAGGUUUUUAGGUCUAUUUUGGAAAAAGAAACGAUUUUUUCAUUUUUCGAUUGCUCUUUAACCUUGAAAAAGUUGAUUUUUUGAAGAAAAAUGCCCCGUUUAUGUUUAUUUUCACUGAGUUUGUGGGUUUGGGUUCAGUUUUUCAAAGAUUCAAUAGAAAUUUGAGCGCUUUUUUUCAAAAACGAAUUUCAACUCUAGUGAUUUGAAAAAAAUAAACCAUUAUAUCAUUUAAAUAGAACAUUUUUUUCCCUAUAUUAGUGGGAUAAUUAACCUUUUAAUAGUCAUAUUCAACGUUUUAUGUACCUAACUGAUUGUAUCACUUAUUCCCCACGUUUUGCGAACGGUCUGACCUGUCUGCGCUCUCUUGUCUCUCACCGAAACAUAAAAAUAGCGCGUGAACAUGAGAGGGUGCCUGUUGAGAGAUAAGGAGAGCGCAGAGAAGUUAGAAUGAUCCAAAACUUGCCGGAUUUGAUUCAGUUUAACAAGGAAAGGGUGACUUUUUUCGUACCCAACUAGUCGGAAUUUGCUUUUUUAUUGGUUUCGAAACGGAUUUUUUUCGUUUUUAUGCUUGAUGUGUGCUUGUUUUGAAGCUUGAUCUGUUUUGUUUUUUUUUUUUUCGUGUUUUUCCGUUUUUCCGUUUUUUGCUACUUAUAUUCGAAUGGACCCCUCCCGAGUGCCUUUUUUUUCUCACUUUUUUCGAAACUUCUACUCAUUUUUCAGUUUACUCACCAACCAACCAACACAAACGAGAAAAUGUACAUUUUUCUAGAGAAAUUGUUCCUUUUUUCUGCAGAGUCAAUAUAUAUAAAUAGUUGAGAAUUUGCAUGGUCUUGGGUUGAUUUUGAGUGGAAAAUUGGUUUUUCUCGCGUUUUGAUGGCUUUUUGAAGGUAUGAGGACUGAAAAAAUGGAAAUUUUGAAGAGAAUAGGUGUAUGCGCCUUUAAUAAGACGUAAUAGUUGCUAUGCGCCUUUAAUAAGGUUUCAUAAUGUGCCUUUAAAAAUUGGCUAGAAAUUUUUUGGAUCCCAAGAAAAGAGGGUCUCCUGAUUCUAAAAAAUUUUCAAAUGACUUAUGCGCCUUUAAUAAGGAUUCGUUAUGUGCCUUUAAAUGUUGCCAGAAAGUUUAGGAACCUACAGUAAGAUUGUAAGAUGUUUUCGAAAAUUUGAUAAGGUUUUAGGUGACUUAUGUACCUUUAAAGUAUGAUAAGAUCAAAACGACAUUUUUCCGUGUCCCUGUCCCUUCAAAUCCCAUCUAAACGCGAUUUUUAACUCUAACAAAAGUCGACACGAACACACUAAAAACGAACUGCAUGGUCGAUCUCCCCGCCAGGCUUGCUCAAUCAGCUCCAAUUUCUCCUCCGACUCCAACUUCAGCUUCAUCUUCAGUUAACGCUGAUUGCACGUUAAUCUUCUCCUUUUUCUCAAAACUAAAGAUAACUUCUAGAGAGGAAAGCGAUGUCGCGGAUGGUACAAAGACGAUAUCGCGAAUGGACCGCUUUUUCGCCUUGCAAUUGUAAAAAGGGCGCGAUAUCGCACAGAGGAGAACGCGAUAUCGCGUCCAAAAAACUACGUGGCGCGUUAUCGCACAGAGGAAAGCGCGAUAUCGCGUCCAAGAAACUAAGUGGCGCGUUAUCGCAAAGAGGAAAACGCGAUAUCGCGUCCAAGAAACUACAUGGCCAACGCGGCACUUUUGCGAUAUCGCCAAUGUACCGCAAGCAACAUCGCGUUUAUCUCAGCAAUUAUCCUUAGUUCAUUCCUUGUGGAAUGAGUUCGACCGUGAUGACUUUGUGGGUGCCCGAAAAUUGGUUUUUGAAAAAAUGUAUUCUACCGAUAGAUAGUCCAUUCGACAUGAAUGAAAACUGUCUGCUAUUUCUUUUUUUCUCGCCUGCAAAGACUACGGAAAUAGUACGUGAAUACGAGAGAGGGUCGGCGAGAGAAAGAGAGAGCGCAGAGAAAUAAGAAAUCUUCAAGUUGUGGCGAUUAGACUACAGCCAACUUUUCUCGGGUACCCAUCCAUCAAUCACCAUCUUUCUCUAAACUCUCUCGUUUCUUCUUGCUCUUUUCGGCAUGAUGCAGGAUUGCAGCAGCAGCACUGCGUCGCCGUCAGUCGCAGCCGCGACCGUCGCGUCAUCUGGAGCGUCUUCGUCCUCGCGGCGUCCGAUUCUGCAUCAUUCGGCCUCGCUGACCGCCAGGUCGAGUAUAUGACAAAUCGGGCCGAAAAAAAGAUGAUAUGCGAAAAAAUAGCCGCCCCAAAUCGAAAAAUAAGCCAAAAAAAAAAAUAGGCGCGGAAAGUGUGCUCUAAGGCUAACUCUGAUAAGUUGAUAUCAUUGAUUUGCGAAGAAUAAUGGCGAUUUCGUCGAAUUUUGAAAAUUUAUAACAUAUUUUGAGCCUUUUUUCGUUUAAUUUUUAUCUGGGAUGCUUUUUGGGGAUUUUAGCCAUGGAGCGCACAAGUUCCAACUUUUCGUGGCUGUUUUUUCCUAGUUUUUCGUAGUUUUGUGUUCAAGACUUCCUGUUUUGAAAUAAUUUUCGUGUUUAAUCGGAAAUUUCCCUUUUUUAGCACCGAAAAAAUAUUUCGUGUUCAAUUUUUGAAAAGUAUGAGAAUCGGCAGAAUUUUCAGCGGCUUUUUUUUCUCAUCUACUCUUUUUUUUCACAGCCUUUUUUGUCAUAUACUCGCCAGGUUUCUUUCUAUCGUAUUGUGCAAGUGGUUGAGAUGAAAAUGGUUGUUUUUUGAGCAAGUUGGUGUGGAGAUUUCAAAAAAAAAAGUUCUAGAAAAGAGGAUGGUUGAUUGAUUUUUGUGCACGUGGAAAGAGCAUGUUCGGAUCGGUUUUUCUUGAAUUUUUUGUUUUGUUUUUCUUUUUCAGAAUGUUCCAUUUCGCAUGAUUUUUGUGUCGUUUUUUGUUCGUUUCAUUGUUUUUUAUGGGUCUGAACGGAUCUGAAUAUUGUCAUUGGAGCGGACUUUCUCAAGUUUUUUUGAAGGCGAUUUGUGGAAAAAAAUUUUUCAUAUAUAAAAAUGCAGCUUUUUUUGAUCAUUUUUUUCUAGUCGAAAAUGAGCUACAGAAAGCUGAAAAUCGGAAAAAUUUUUAUUUAUCGAAUCUUUUUUUGCUCAAAUUGAAGAUUAACUUCAAAAAAAGAAGUUGGAAUCAAUUUUUUUAAUCAAAAUUUUUCAGCAUUCUGAACCUUUUUUUGAUAUAAAAAAAGUUCAAAACCAUAUUUUAUGGUUAAAUUUCUUGAUAAAAUGUUCCUCACGAGCUUUUUUUGCGUUCUCAUAUUUUCUUAUUUUAUCUCAAAUCAAAGAGCUCCUUUUUAACGAUUCCAAGUGAUAAUUUCGAAUUAUUUCAGACCUCUGCAUCCCAUUUUAUCAGCACUAAAUUGCAUUCUUCCUUUUCUUUUUGACAUUUUUUUCGUUCUCCUAUUUUUUCACUGGUAGUUUAGCCCAUCCGUCGCCGCGCCCGGAUCUCAUCAUCACCAUCAUCAGCAAUAUCCGGUGACGUCAUCGACCCAUCAGAAUCAUCCGGGACUGCCGCCGAUGUACGCCAAGCGACAGAUUUCGUGUGUUCUUUCGUUCUUCUCUCCGUUCUUUUUCCUGUCCUUUUCCGUUCUGUGCUGUUCCUUGGGUCGAUUUGAGUUGUUUCGAAGAGUUUUUGUGUGAAAAUCCAGAGAAAAUAGAUCAGUUUUGGACGCAUUUAGAAUGGGUUAGAGGGACGAGCGUAAGUCGUUUCAUGGUCGGGCGCACUUUUUUAUCAACCUCUAAGUAGCCGUGAUGCGUUCCUAUGACAAAAGUUACAAUGGAGUUGAAAAAAUUGGCGAAUUUUAACCUUUGGUCGUAAGUCGUUCCAUGGUCGGGCGCACUUUCAUAAAAAGCUCAAAAAUAUUUGGAAAAAAGACAAGAAACAAAUUUUUUUUGAAAUUUACUGUUGUACCUCGAUUAUGGAUUUUUUUCAAUGCCUUAAAAAUAAAUAUUUUCUGAAACAGUAAUAUGAAUUUGAGCUCUCCAUUAAAUUGCUUCAUUCGUGAGACGGUCUGACCGGUCUGCGCUCUCUUUUCCCUCGCCAAACUUGGAAACAGCAUAGGAAUAUGAGAGAGACCGAGAGAAGACAGAAAAAGCGUGUUUUUUUGUUUCAAGUGGCACUCAAAUCGACCCAAAAGCUUCAUUUCUUUUCAUUUUUUGAUUUUUUUUUUUUGAGUUUUUUUCAUAAAUUUUUGCAUGGUGUGGUGAGAGCACCAGAUUGAUUUUAUUUUUUGUUGCACCUUCUUUUUUCAUUCAUCUGUUAUUUUCUUGUACUUGUGGGGUCUGAACGUGCUCUUUUUCAAUCUUUUUUUAUUAUUUUUUUCAAAAAAAGUCUAACUGGAAUCGUGUUGUGGUUGUGUUGUUAGGAGUAGGAAAAGAUGAUUUUUUUUAUAUGUAAGUUUAAAAAAAGUCUCAAGACACUAAUUGAGGCUCAAAUCUCGGGAUUUUUGAAGUUCUGAACGUUUUUUGUAGCUAUUUUUCAGAAUUAUGACAAUUUUCAAACUCUCUAUGCUCUUCAAACAUAGGAAAUGAGGUCGUAAUAGGUUUUUUAGACUUGAAAAAAAAAUUUUCCAGAUUUUUAGUUUUCUGGCCAUUUUUUAAGAUUUAUAAAAAAAAAUUUAAAAGAUUGUUAUGGAAUAUUUAAAGGCGCAGAGACGAAAUUCUUCAAAAGGUAUUAAAGCAAGAAAAAGGAAAAUAUAAACUCAUGACCUCUCUUGACCUUGUUACACGUGGUCUGAACACAACACAACUAUACAAGCUUCAUUUUUCAUUCCUCUUGCAAUUAUCUCAGUUUUUAGAUUUCUUUUGUCACCCUCAACAAGUGAAUCCAUGUUCAGAGACCACAACCGGGAGAGCAUGACGCAGCCGAGCAGCGGAGGUCGUGCGGGAACCAUCGGCGCGGCGCAAGGAACGCAGACGGCCGCCGCCCUGGCCGCCAUCCGCGAAGGCCAGGGACAUCCGAACGUGGCCCCGACAAGCCCGCCGCCCGUCCACGGCCCCGUAGCCCCCGAAGACGUCAAGCCGAGGUCGCUCCGCUUCACCUGGAGCAUGAAGACGACGUCGAGCCUCGCUCCCGAGGACAUGAUGAGGUGAGGGUUUUCCCAGGACAUAGUGUACUCAUCCUUAGCCUUAGACAUAGUAAAAUUACUAUUGAAAGAAGCUAAGAAUUGUUCUUGAGUUUUUAAGUAACCUAUAGGAUAGGAAUGCGGUUUGAAGGUGAGUCAAUAAGGGAAAUACAAGAAACGGGAGUUAAAGAGGAGUUAGUGAAAUCAGGAAGGAAUCGGGCGAAAAUCGGGAGAUCUUUGACCCAUAGAGAUUCAGUGGAAACGUUAACAUCUACUUCGCUGUGGAAAACUCUAGUGACCACUUAAGAGAUCCCUUGGGGACGUUUUGAAGAAGACUCUUAAGUGACCACUGAAACCACUUUUUUAGAAGUCACCACUUUGCGUCUGAGUGGCCACUAUAGUAGUUUUAGUGGUCUAAUACCACUCAAGCUUCUAAAAGAGGCCGAUAAACUUUAGCCACUUAAGAGGCCACUUAUCCGAAUACUACAGUGGGCACUUAGACGUGAAAACCCUUAAGUGGCACCUCGUAGUAGAAGUCGAUUUAUUCCAUAGGUUUAAAGAAUGGGAAAAUUGAUUUGCAGAGAGAUUCGCAAGGUGCUGGACGCCAACAACUGCGACUACGAGCAACGCGAACGCUACCUUCUCCUCUGUAUCCACGGCGAUCCCAAUGCCGACUCGCUCGUCCAAUGGGAAAUGGAGGUGAGAUUAAUCUUCGGAUAAAAUUGAUUUCCCCCCAGAAGUUCUAAUGGCCUUUCACAGUAAAAAUGCCUGUGAGAAAAUUGAGAAAAUUUGAAAGUUUUUGGCCAAAAUUUCAGAAUUCCGACGUCAAAUUGUAUUUUAUCCGUAAAGCGCACAUUCCCAGGUUUUUUGGCCAUUCAUGGAAAAAGCCUUUUCGCGAACGUUUUUACACUGAAUUUCAAGAUCAAAGCAAAUUCAAACAAUUUCGAAGUCAAAAAAAGCCUGCUUUAUCCGUGGAGCGCACUAUCGAAAUAUUUAUCCGUGGAGCGCACUAUCGAAUACUUUUCGUGGCUAUUUUUUCACAGAGUCUUUUUUGAACGUUCUUUUAGACUUUGAAAUCGAAGCAAAUGUUGCGGAUUUUUGACGCCAACUAAAGUGAAAUUAUCCGUAGAGCGCACUAUCAAAAACUUGCCGCGGCUAUUUUUUCACAUAACUUUUUUUGGCCUUUUUUUUCAUUUUUGGUUAUACGUCGUUUUUUGCUUAGAUUAACCGAAUUACUCAUUUUUUCAGGUCUGCAAACUCCCGCGGCUGAGCCUGAACGGCGUCCGGUUCAAACGGAUCUCCGGCACAUCGAUCGGCUUCAAAAAUAUUGCGUCGAAAAUCGCCCAAGAGCUCAAUUUGUAA